GCGGCUGGAGGAGGCGACGAGAAACACUCCCAGAAAGAAGAGCAGCGUCAGGCCCCGCUCCGAGCAGAGCGCGAGCUUGUCUCACCCGCCGCCCCGCGCUCGGCCUGGCCUGACCAGGCGCGACUUUCCCACCCUCCUUCAGGCUCCUCUCCACCAAAGGGAGGGAGGGAGUCUCCGCCGCCAUCUUUGUUUCGGGCGCAGCAGCCGUUCUUCGUCGGGGUGCACGCCUUGGCCCCGCCCCCCGUGGGGCCUUCCCUUCCUCCUUCCCUCCGCCUUGCUGCCAGACCUCGAGAUGGCGCCUGUGGCGUCGCGCGGGAUGGGUCGGGCUACGGCGGCGCGCGAGGGCCAGCGGCGGUUGGCGGGAGAGCGGGAAGGCAGGCAGUCGGCGGGCUGACGGAUUGGAGGGAACUGCGCGCCGCUCUCGCUCCGCAGCAUCCACCGGCGCCCCGCACGAGCAGCAGAGCCGCUCCCCGUCGCCACCAUGCACGUCGUCAAGCGAGAUGGUCGCCAUGAGCGCGUCAUGUUUGACAAGAUCACCUCCCGGAUCCAGAAAUUAUGCUAUGGCCUCAAUUUAGACUUCGUUGAUCCUGCUCAGAUCACCAUGAAAGUGAUCCAGGGUCUUUACAGCGGGGUCACGACUGUAGAGCUGGAUACUCUGGCUGCUGAGACAGCAGCAACCCUGACCACCAAAUAUCCUGACUAUGCCAUCCUGGCAGCGAGAAUUGCUGUCUCCAACUUGCACAAGGAAACCAAGAAAGUAUUCAGUGAUGUCAUGGAAGAUUUAUACAACUAUGUGAACCCUCACAACAAGAAGCACUCGCCCAUGAUUGCCAAAGAAAGCCUAGACAUCGUCUUGGCCAACAAAGAUCGGCUGAACUCUGCUAUAAUUUAUGACCGGGAUUUCUCCUACAAUUACUUUGGCUUUAAGACACUUGAGCGCUCGUACCUGCUGAAAAUCAAUUCUAAAGUGGCUGAGCGUCCGCAGCACAUGCUGAUGAGGGUUUCGGUGGGAAUCCACAAGAAUGACAUCGAUGCCGCGAUUGAGACCUACAACCUCCUUUCUGAGAAGUGGUUCACUCACGCUUCUCCCACUCUUUUCAAUGCUGGUACCAACCGACCCCAGCUCUCCAGCUGCUUUCUGCUGUGCAUGAAGGACGACAGCAUUGAAGGGAUCUACGACACACUCAAGCACUGUGCGCUGAUUUCCAAGUCGGCUGGCGGGAUUGGUGUCGCAGUGAGCUGCAUCCGAGCGACAGGCAGCUACAUUGCUGGGACCAAUGGAAACUCUAAUGGGCUUGUCCCAAUGCUGAGGGUAUACAACAACACAGCUCGCUAUGUAGACCAAGGUGGUAACAAGAGACCUGGGGCCUUUGCCAUCUACCUGGAGCCAUGGCACUUUGAUAUCUUUGAGUUUCUUGACCUGAAGAAAAACACCGGCAAGGAGGAGCAGCGUGCCCGCGACCUCUUCUAUGCCCUCUGGAUUCCAGACCUCUUCAUGAAACGUGUGGAGACCAACCAGGACUGGUCUCUGAUGUGUCCCAAUGAAUGCCCCGGCCUAGAUGAAGUCUGGGGAGAGGAGUUCGAGAAGCUUUAUGAGAGCUAUGAGAAGAAGGGGCGUGUGCGCAAGGUGGUGAAAGCACAGCAACUCUGGUAUGCGAUCAUAGAGUCUCAGACGGAGACGGGGACCCCUUACAUGCUUUACAAGGACUCCUGCAAUCGGAAGAGCAACCAGCAGAACCUCGGGACCAUCAAAUGCAGCAACCUGUGCACCGAAAUUGUGGAGUACACCAGCGUUGAUGAGGUUGCGGUUUGUAACUUGGCCUCCAUCGCCCUGAAUAUGUACGUCACUCCAGAGCACACUUACGACUUCAAGAAGUUGGCCGAGGUCACCAGAGUCAUUGUCCGGAACCUUAAUAAGAUAAUCGACAUCAACUACUAUCCCGUGCCAGAGGCUGAGCUGUCAAACAAGCGCCAUCGCCCCAUUGGGAUUGGUGUGCAGGGCCUGGCAGAUGCGUUUAUCCUCAUGAGGUAUCCAUUUGAGAGCCCGGAGGCCCAGCUGCUUAACCAGCAGAUAUUUGAGACAAUCUACUAUGGGGCUCUAGAAGCCAGCUGUGAACUUGCCAGAGAACAUGGACCAUAUGAAACCUAUGAAGGCUGCCCCGUCAGCCGAGGCAUCCUUCAGUAUGAUAUGUGGAAUGUGACCCCUACUGACCUUUGGGACUGGAAGGCUCUCAAGGAGAAGAUUGCAAAGUAUGGUGUUAGAAACAGCCUGCUGGUGGCGCCCAUGCCGACCGCUUCCACCGCUCAGAUCCUGGGCAACAAUGAGUCCAUCGAGCCCUACACCAGCAACAUCUACACACGCCGAGUUCUCUCAGGGGAGUUCCAGAGAACGGAAGGUGUUCUGGUCUUGCAGAUUGUGAAUCCGCACUUGCUGAAAGACCUGACUGAGAGGGGUCUGUGGAAUGAGGAGAUGAAGAACCAGAUCAUUGCCUACAAUGGUUCUAUCCAGAAUAUCACUGAGAUCCCAGAUGACUUGAAACAGCUCUACAAGACCGUGUGGGAGAUCUCCCAGAAGACAGUUCUCAAGAUGGCAGCGGACCGCGGGGCGUUCAUUGACCAGAGCCAGUCCCUGAACAUCCACAUUGCUGAGCCGAAUUACGGCAAGCUGACCAGCAUGCACUUCUACGGGUGGAAGCAGGGCCUGAAGACUGGCAUGUACUACCUGAGGACGAAGCCCGCGGCGAAUCCUAUCCAGUUCACCCUGAACAAGGAGAAGCUGAAAGAGAAAGCCGUCGAGGAGGAGGAAGAGAAGAAGGAGAAGAACAAGGCAGCCAUGGUGUGCUCCUUGGAGAACAGAGAGGAGUGCCUGAUGUGCGGCUCUUAACAGAGGCCAGGCUUGGCCCAGCACCCCGGCUUCUCCCAUGGCUAGGUUAGAAAGGUCUGGUUUCCUUGGGAACAUAGAGAGGUUGCAGUGCCCUGCCUCGUGGCAGGGGAGAGCCAACAUGUGCAGAACCCAGCGGUUUCUCUGGCUUCUCUCUGGCAUGUCUCUGAGCUGACCGAGUGGCCUGGUAUGCAAUUGGAGCGCGGGGACAGGAACGGGACGUUGUAGCAGUGUUUUCUGGAACCUUUUAAGUGUCUUCCUUAUGACCUUCCAUUAGCCUAGGUAGAGAGAGGAUGUUCCUAAAUAGGCAUAUGGGGAAAAGAUCCUGCACGUUGUUAUACUUGGGGAAUUGGGGCUCCUUUUGACAAUCGCCCAUGUUUUGGGCUAUCUGAACUAAGGUACUCUGCAUUUUGUAGACUGGAAUCCUUUACACAAAUUUAAUAGUGUUAAUAAAUUGAAAGGUAGAAAGCAUGUGUCCAGUGCUCUGGUGAAAGAGCUUGUGCAUUCAUAUGUUUUUAUUUAGUUUCAUUUUUGAAAUAGCACCCUUUCACUAUUUUUUUCUUCAAAUUAAAGCUUUCUACCCGCGCCCCCCCAUGCAAAAGAGGCAUUAGGGCCAGAGGCCACAAUGGCUGAGGAUGAUGGGAGUUGUAGUCCAGCAACAUCUGGGAACUCGGGUUUGAAAACGCCUGCCUUGAGAAGUGCAUGGCUGGAGUGUGGGAAGUUUUUAUAUUUUUUAGCUUAAUAUUUUUAUUGUAUGUUUUAACUUUUGUAAACCACCUUGGGGGGGGUGUCUUUUAAUGAAAGGCGGUAUAUAAAUGCAACAAUAAAUAAAUAAAUAAACAAACCCAA